AUGGAUAGAGGAGAGAUAGAAAACAGUGAUUUAUUGACUGGAAAAAUCGUAGAGAAGUUAGACGAUCCAAAUAAUAUUCGAAACGUUCCAAAAGAGCCUCCAGACGGAGGUUUCAGAGCAUAUUCUAUUGUAAUUGGAUCCUUUCUAACAAAUGGGCUACUAUUCGGCGUAAUCAACUCCUACAGUGUUAUUUAUACUGUGUUGAAAAAGCAACUACAUGAUGAAAACGUACCAAAUGCAGAGAGCAAAGCAGCGUUUGUGGGCUCGUUAGCGUUGAGUAUGACGUUUCUCUUAUCUCCAGUGUCCGGCGUACUUACCGGUCUCCUGGGACUGAGACUAACAGCUGUCCUCGGCGGCACUGUGGCAACUGCAGGCUUGGUCAUCACUUCCUUCGUUGUUCAUAAUGUGGAAGCUCUGUACUUAACGUAUGGAGUCAUGUACGGUAUCGGCGCCUCGCUUGCGUACACUCCUUCUCUUGCAAUCCUUGGGCAUUACUUCAAAAAGUAUCUAGGACGUGUCAAUGGCUUCGUCACUAUUGGUAGCUCAAUUUUCACAGUCAUCAUGUCUCCCGUUAUGAAACAUACAAUUGAUAAUUAUGGCCUCGAAUGGAUGUUCAGAAUGCUGGCUGUCAUAACUUUCGGAAUUGCGCUAUGUGGCUUGCUUUUCAAACCUAUCCCGGUCGUGGUUAUCGAAAAGCCAUCCCAAGAGACGAAUACCAUCAAAACGAUUAUGAAGACAAUUGUCAAUGUACAAAUAUGGAAGAACCGUCAGUAUAGGCUGUGGGCCAUUUCUAUGCCAGUGGCCCUAUUCGGUUAUUUUGUUACAUAUAUACACAUAGGGGAUUUUAUUCAAGAGAACUUUAAGAGCAGUACAUCGAACUUGCCUCUGCAGUGUAUCGCUGCUACUUCCGGCUUGGGGAGAUUGAUGUUUGGCAUUUUAGCUGAUAGAGACGGGAUUGACAGAAUUCUUUUGCAACAAAUAUCAUUUUACGUUAUCGGGUUGUUAACAAUAAUUUUGCCCUUUGUGAAGUCUUUUGAGCUGCUGCUUGUGAUUUGUUUAGGUAUAGGGUUGUUCGAUGGCGGGUUCAUAUCAUUAAUAGGACCGAUAGCUUUCGAAUUUUGCGGGAGUGUAUACGCAGCUCAGGCCAUUGGAUGUAUGUUGGGUUUAUCAGCAGUACCUGUGUCUAUAGGACCUCCCGUGGCUGGCAGACUGUUUGAAGUGUAUAAGUCGUAUACACUACCCUUUGUGUUAGCCGGGGUAUCUCCCCUCGUUGGUGCUACGUUGAUGUUUAUGAUACGGUUCCGUUCACGAAGUCGACAUGUCAAAGAGGCUACAAAUGGACAUGCAUUGCCUGCGCAUGAUGUUGAAAGUACACCAUCGCUUCGACCGAACGGAGUGGGUCAGCAAACAUCAUUAUAA